GUUAUAUGCACCAAUAUUUUUAUGUGCGAUUUUACGUGAUAUAACAGCAUCACUGAAUGAUACUUCCGACAACAAAUAUUUACUAAAUUAGUAAUGUGAAACAUGUUAAUUAAAUGUUUUCGAUGUAGGGGGCGAUAAGCUUUCGCGCCAAUACCACUGCGCUAUAAAUAUAACGGACGUUUUGGCGCCUAUUUUAUUUGAUGCGUUGAAUCUGCGGCGUACUUAACAUAUUUACAAAUCAUGCCUUCUUACGACAAAGAAAACCUUCUGAAAUCACCAUCGAAAAGGGAUGUUUUAAAGGUAAAUAACUUCCAAAAUGCCUCCCCUAAAAAGACAGAAAAGAUCCAGGACAAAGGUGCAUCCAUGCCUUUUGAUCCCGAACUGGAACCGUUGCUUAGAGAGAACCCACGUCGAUUUGUUAUUUUCCCCAUUCAAUACCCAGAUAUUUGGGCCAAAUACAAGGAAGCAGAAGCCUCAUUUUGGACAACAGAAGAAGUGGACUUGUCCAAGGAUCUGGAUCAUUGGGUCAAGCUAACAGACAAUGAAAGGCACUUCAUCUCCCACGUCCUUGCUUUCUUUGCCGCCUCUGAUGGUAUUGUGAACGAGAACUUAGUGGAACGGUUCAGCCAAGAAGUGCAGGUCACUGAAGCUAGGUGCUUUUAUGGAUUUCAAAUUGCCAUUGAGAAUAUCCACUCUGAAAUGUACAGCAUGCUAAUUGAAACUUACAUCAGUGAUCCGGAUCAAAAAGAAUUUCUUUUCAAUGCCAUUGAAACAUUACCUUGUGUUAAAAAGAAGGCUGAAUGGGCAUUGAACUGGAUCAGCAGCAAGAAUGCCAGUUUUGGUGAGAGAAUUGUAGCUUUUGCUGCUGUUGAGGGCAUUUUCUUUUCUGGCAGUUUUGCAGCAAUUUUCUGGCUCAAAAAGAGGGGUCUUAUGCCUGGCUUAACCUUUUCAAAUGAGUUAAUUUCAAGGGAUGAAGGUCUACACUGUGAUUUUGCUUGUUUAAUGUUCUCCUACCUUGUACAAAAACCUUCAAAGGAAAGAGUGACAAGUAUAAUUCGCGAUGCUGUAAUCAUUGAACAAGAAUUCCUCACUGAUGCUUUACCAGUGAGUUUAAUUGGCAUGAAUUGUAAAUUAAUGUGUCAAUAUAUUGAGUUUGUGGCUGAUAGAUUAUUGACAGAAUUGGGGUGUGAGAAGAUUUAUAAUGUUGUAAAUCCUUUUGAUUUCAUGACAAUAAUCUCUACAGAUGGAAAAACAAACUUCUUUGAAAAGAAAGUUGGAGAAUAUCAAAAAGUUGGAGUGAUUGACAAUGACACAGUAUUUUCUACAGAUGCUGAUUUUUAAAUCUCACAAAGAAUUCAAAGAUUCAAAUAAAACCAAAAAAGUUUUUACUUCAAAUGUUAAAAUCAUUCUUAUAAUUACUUUUUAAUUAAACAUUUACUUUUUUAUUAAUUAAUUUAAUUUAAAUUUUAAUAUUUGAAGUAAAAUUGUUCCUGUUAAGAAUAAUUCAAUAAUUUUACAAUUUAUUAAUUUUUUUAAGGUAGAUAUUUACUCAUCGAAUUUUAUUUAUAUAUAUAUAUUGUUGUACAUUUAGGCUAUUUUAGUUUAUACUUAUAAUUGAGUUUAAAGUAUUUUUAAGCUUUAAUUUUAAUAAAAUAUAUACAAUU